CUCUUCCCUGCAGCGAAACUGUGAUGCGGAAGAAUCGGCAAAGUUGCAGUAGCGCACGUUCUGAUAAUCGAUUACGUUCACCGUGUGUUGGUGCUUGGUAGUCGACUGUUCUGUGUGAAGUUUCGUGUUUGCCUUGUGUUGUCACUGUUUUGCUUCUGCGUGCAUCCAAAGGAGACCGGGAGUUUUGCAGUGGAGAAGGAAGAGGAGGUUGACGGCGGCGGUCGUUUCGAUUUUUGCAAGGACAUCAUCGGUUGACAUCGCUGGUGGCUAAGAAGAAAGAAGAAAAUGGCGUUCUGAAUCAUUCCAUUGUGUGCCUCCCUCAUCAAGGAGCCAAGAAAUACAUUCGCGAUGAAAACGUGAACAGCGUUCCACUCAACUGGCAUCCAAUCAAAGGUUGGGAAAAUGCCCUCUACAUCCGACCCAUUCACUUGUGAUGCUGCCCAAUAAAGAGAUUCGGUUAAAUGGGAUCCAUAUUGGGAAUUCUGCGAAAAAAAAAGCAAAGGUGGCCUCAUUUCAAAGGAAUGCAAUCAGACCCCCAGGGGUUAUUGCAAUUAUGUGCUAGCUUGUAUGAUCCACUCACGACAGAUAUCCAGUUGAAAGUCAACGAAUAUCUACAAAGAACAACAUCGUGCGAGCAUGCUUUUGUUCUCUUGGUGUCCGAGGACCAGGAUGAGUUGCUGUGUAAAGUUGUAGGCGAUCGGGUUCUAGAAGAACAGGCAAAAUUCUCGGCCGUUAACAAUAGCUUCAGCUGUGCACUGUCCGAUAAGAGGCCACUGUGCUUAGAUGAUAUUCAUCACGACCAUAGAGAUGAGGUGAGCCGACUGAUCGGCUCUGUGCUGCACUCCCUGCUGUGUGUCCCGGUGGUGCAUCCCAAGUUUACAGAUAGAGUCGUCAUGCUGCCCUGCGUGGUGAAUAAGUCAAAUGGAAAAGAUUUCACCAAAAAGGACGAAGCUAUCUUAAGAGAGUGCUUUCAGUGUAUCACACCCUGCCUUCUCAAGUCUACCGUCUACGAAGAGGAAAAGAGGCUAAGGGAGGAGUGUCAGUCUCUGCUUACUGUGGCCAAGAACCUCUUCACGCAUCUUGAUGAUGUCACGUUGCUGCUUCGAGAGAUCAUGGCAGAUGCAAGGAAUCUAACAAAAGCGGAAAGGUGUUCGCUCUUCUUGCUGGACAAAGAUCAGAAUGAGCUGGUUGCGAAGGUGUUUGACGGACAUCUUGCUGAGGACGGCUCUGAGACAAUGACAGAAGUCAGAAUACCUGCUAAUCAAGGGAUAGCUGGCUACGUUGCAACAACAGGCGAGCUCUUGAACAUCAGCGACGCUUACUCUCAUCCACUCUUCUACAGAAAGAUGGACGAGACCACAGGUUUUAAAACGAGGAAUAUCUUGUGCUUUCCAAUCAAGGAUGAAUCUGCUGUCAUUGGUGUCGCAGAGCUCUGUAACAAAGUGAACGGAAAGUAUUUCACCUUCUUCGAUGAAGAGAUGGCCAAGGCAUUUUCCAUAUACUGCGGCAUUAGCAUUAUGCAUUCUCUAAUGUGGAAGAAAGUACGGGACGCUCAGCACAGGAGUAAAUUAUCCAAUGAGCUCAUGAUGUACCACAUGUUGGUUUCACAAGAAGAUGUAAAGCAACUUGUCAGCAAGCCGGUCCCACCGUCAUCCUCAUAUGAUCCCGACUUCUCAAAAUUCUCAUUCACACCAAGGGUGAUACCAGAGAAGACAACCACACUGGUUGUAAUUACAAUGUUCGAUGAACUAGGCUUUACAGCCAGGUGGAAAAUUCCUAGGGAGUCACUGGCAAAGUUUGUGCUGAUGGUGAAGAAAGGUUAUCGAGAUCCUCCGUACCACAAUUGGAUGCACGCAUUUGCUGUCGCCCACUUUUGCUACCUUGUCCUCAAGAAUCUCAGCCUCAUGGGCACCUACCUAACAGAACUUGAGGCUUUUGCUCUCUUUGUGGCCUGCUUAUGUCAUGACCUGGACCAUAGGGGUACCAACAAUUCAUUCCAGCUCACCUCCAAAUCAAUUUUAGCAUCAUUGUACAGUUCCGAAGGCUCAGUCAUGGAGCGGCACCACUUUGCUCAAGCGAUGGCAAUAUUGAACACAGAGGGGUGUAAUAUUUUUGAGAACCUGUCAAGGAAGGAGUACACAGAAUGCUUGGACCAAAUGAGAGAGGUUAUCCUUGCUACUGACUUGGCGCACCACUUCAGAAUAAUUGAUGAACUCAAAGAAAUGGCUGUAGAGGGUUACAACUUCGACAAUCAGAAGCACCACAAUCUCUUGCGGAGCAUGCUGGUGACAUGCUGUGACCUUUCGGACCAGACCAAGGAUUGGAGAAGCUCCAAGAAGAUAGCGGAGCUGAUCUACAGUGAGUUUUUCUCACAAGGUGACCUUGAAAAGGCCAUGGGAGUGAAGCCCAGUGAAAUGAUGGACAGGGAGAAAGCAUGCAUCCCUGAGCUGCAGAUCAAUUUCAUACAGACCAUCGUCAAGCCAGUGUUUGAUUUGCUGGCUGAGAUGUUUCCCGAAGCCAAAGAGCCUGCAGACGCUGUGGACCACAAUAAGGUGUACUGGGAGAGGGUGAGCGACAUCUGUCGACGGCGCAACGCCAACUGCACUUCAUCCCUGGACAUCUUCGAAGACGAGAAGCUGGAGAAGGAGGUGAUGCUCUGUCUGGGGAAAAUAGAAGAACAAGAGUGAAGGAACACCAGGGCACGAAACCAUGCAAUUCUUCGCCUCCAGUCUCUCACUUCCGAGCACCCUUUGGAUACCGGCCUAGAGCAUUUGUGAUAACUGCGUCACACUCACGAGACCACGUCGCGUGAUCGCCUGCUCCAGUGUUAGGUGCACUUCCUCACAUUCACUCUCGCUUCCACCACAACCUCGGCCACCGACACCUCCACCGUUCGUUCACCGCCAGUGUCGGCACGUCGUCUGCUUCCAUCGUCGUCUGCACAGCAUCGUGCUUCCGAUCAAGGUUGCCAGGCAAAAUCCUGGUAGGCAGCUAAGAGAGGGAAAGGGAGCGACGACGAUUGGCCUCUGUUCGAAAAGGUGUGGGGACCAAGACUAGUUUUUUUUUUUUCUUCUUUUCCUUUUUUGAACAGCAUAGACUACAGACGUUAGACCGAGGCCACUUCCCUCGGACCGUGUGCAGACUAAAAGGCACUGGUUCUUUUUUUUUACGGCAUUUGACAAAGCGAAGGUGCUUAACCCGUGUAGAUAUUACUUUCAUAGAUAGCAUAGCUCGUGUUUUCUACCUUAUUUAUAUUUUGUAGAUAUGUAUAUUUUUUCUAGUACUCUUCAUCCGCAUUUUUUGUUGUUCUCAUGACACUUUUUAUGCAACCUGUUUUGUCGUGAACCUUCGGUGUUAUCGUAGAGAAGGGACAGGAAAAAAAAAAAUGCAUGUACGUGAACACGUGCAGCAGUUGGUCCUGGCAACCUUGCAAGGAAGGUCUUUAGCAAUACCCACACUUGUUAGUAGCAAGCCUACACCUUAAGCGUCGCUGUGACCAUCUAGUCCUGAACACAAGUGUGUUUAGAAAUGUCUUUAUCAUUGUUAUUUUUUACACCUCGCUCACUGACGGUAGCGCCCUCACGCGUUUUUGUGCGUAUUUGUAGUGCUAGCACAUUUUUUUCUCCGACUGAACGCAAUUCUCUUAUCAUUUCAACACCAAGUUUUAAUUUUGAUGAACGAAGCUGCCUUUCUCAGAGGGCACCUCUUGUAGAAACGUUUCCUUUUCACGUUAUUUAUACACCUGUACAAAAUAUAUUUUGAAUGUACAGAAAAUGUAUGAUUGCCGUCGUUGCGCAGCAAUGUGUACGAUUUCCAGGUGUGGGAGUUACGUUUGUGACAGAUUAACUUAAGCCUAAUGUAAGCUCACCGUGGCAUGUCCAUUUCUCAUUUGAUAUUGCACCAAAAACAGGUAUAUAAGCCAUCCCACAAAGUGACUACAGAAUGUUUUGACAAAGUAUACCGCAACUGUUUUGUUGGCAAAAAAAGAACGAGCAAAAUGUUGCCGAGGAUUUUGUAACAACGUGUCGCCGACAAAAAAAAAAAAAAAAUUGCUCCAAAGUAGGUAAACCCUGUGUGGUAGAAACUUAACCUGUCCAACACAGACAUUCGAACAUGCCAUGCUCCAGUCCGUACAAAUGUUAAACAUGCUAGAUUUGUAUUCAGCAUUUGUUAACAGCAACCAGGUCACUUGUUGAUGUUGAAAGAAUGGUUGUGAAAAUUGAAGGGAAUGUAUAUAAGCCUUUAUUUUUUCCUUUCAAUUAUGUAAAUAUUGUUUCAUUUUCACAAGCUCUUCACCAUAUAAAACACCAGUGGUAUCACACCAGCAAUGCAUUUGAUGCCACGCUCCGCUGCGGAGGUCGUAGACACGUCGAGGCCCCCUUUCUCGAGGACCUCUCACCUAUUGUGUAAAUGUGUAAAUUAGUUUAAGGUACCAAACGAAAGCCUCGAGUGCUAGCAUGGGGAGGCUUUGUCUAUUUUAUGUGUUAAUAAAUGUAUCGACUAUCCUCUUA